CUAUUUGGAUGAGACUCAUAAGCGCGGCCCACUCGCAGAACCUACAACGUACGUUCCAGAGCAACAGAAACAGUGAGACACACCUAUCCCGGGAAGCCACACCAACCCUCAGAAACAGAGACACAGUGCUCUAAUGGUUUGGAGGCUCGGUUAUGGUGAGAAGGGCGGGCUUCAGAGAGGAACUCCGCCUCUCUGAAUUCCCAGCUUUUCCCUUCUUUGACCAACAGUAAAUUCUUCUGUUGGCUGAGAAAAGAGGAAGCGAUAAAGCACAAGAAAACUUUGAAGUAAAGAAAACCAUAGGUGCGGCUUCGUUUUCGGUCAGUAAUGUUCUGGGUGGUAUUCCUUUGAUCAGCUUUUUGAAGACUUUGUGCUGUUUUCUGGGUGCUGAUAAUAAAAUUGAGCGGUCCAAUGAAUAGCAGAGGUGGCCAAUGGUUCUGUGGAAAUGUAAAACUGCUUAGAAAAGCUCUUCUGCAUUUUAGCUCUGAAACUUGGUUACACUGAUAGUUCUGUCAGAGACAGCAUCCUGUUUGUUUCAAAGUCGCUAUAGAUAUGGUGUUGCUUCAGGUUCAAUUGCGAUGUUAAGCUGUUUAGAGAAGCUUUCUUCAGUUUAAAGUGCUUAUUCAGAUAGCUCUCAGAGACAAACAAUAUGCAACUGAGUUUCUGUCAGUCAAGCUGCUAGAUAUAUCUACAAUUGGUAUCCUGUUAUGUGAAAUGACUCACCUUAUCUGGACCUUGGAUUUCAGUUGGUCAAUCAAACUCUUUACAUGAAGCAAAUCUCUUUCGGCAGAAGAUAAUGUGACAGAAACUUUGGUUAUUUUUUGGGGCAAAUCUCCUUUGGCAAUAUACAUUUCAAGAUUAACAAACUGCUUAGCAUAAUUUUGUGAAGAUCCAGUUCUUUUGGGCAAAUCUCCUUUGGCAAAAGUUACUAAAGAUUCCUUCAGUUGGGUGACUUCAGAGUUGUUUGGUUGGAAAUUCAUCAUUUUCAUCCGUCUAACUGGAACUCCACCCUUGCUAUUGGAAUAUCUCCUGCAAUUACAUUUUUUUCCUUCUGAAGGUCUUCUAUAUCAUCUGUGGGGUAGAUCUGACAAUGGUAGCUCUUGUACUCCUCUGCAGUGGGAAAGUCUCUUUCAGAAGUUUCUUCUAGUGGGAACUUCUGUCCAUUCAUUGGGCAAAUCUCCUUUGGCAUUUGGGGUUGAGUUUGUAACUCGACUCCUGUUAUCACUAUAGGGCAAAUCUCCUUUGGCAUUUGGGGUUGUAACUCGACUCCUGUUAUCUCUAUAGGGCAAAUCUCCUUUGGCAUUUGGGGUUGUAACUCGACUCCUGUUAUCUCUAUAGGGCAAAUCUCCUUUGGCAGCAGAUCUCCAGUGUUAGCAAUUUACAUAUCCGGUUGGAGAUAUAGACAAACUAUCAGAUAUCAUCGUCAAUUAGUGUGUGUGUGUGUGUGUGUGUGUGUGUGCGCAUUAAUCUGCAAUUUGUUAUCUUCCUUUGGAACAACUACAAACUACUCAUCCUCAAGGCAAUAAAUAUUAACAAAGCGAGCUCAAAUUAGGAGCGAGACUGUCAACUUCUCCAGUUUCUUUAAAAGGGGAAAAAUAUUACGUGAAGAUCAGCUGAGGAAUUUGAGCUGGCUUACCGGAAAACAUAAUUGUGAGUCCGUAUCUUUUUCAGCUGAGGCAUCUGAAUCAUGGAUGUGUUCCUAAAUGACUCUGAUUGGGAGAGUUAUAGUGAAAGUGGCAGCAGUGAGGAUCAGGAGGAAACUGAAUACUUAUAUGGUGGGCAGGCUAGCAGCAUCUUGUCAAGCCUCGAGGAGAGCAUUGGGAAAAUUGAUGAGUUUCUCUCAUUUGAGAGGGGAUUUAUACAUGGGGAUUUGGUGGGCACCGUAACAGAUCCAUCUGGACAGAUGGGCAGAGUGGUUGGCAUUGAUAUGUUGGUAGAUUUGGAAAGUGUUUGGGGAAAAACAGUAAAAAAUGUAAAUUCCAAGAAACUUCUAAAGAUCCGCUCCAUUUCAGUUGGGGAUUAUGUGGUUGGUGGGCCUUGGCUUGGAAGGGUUGACAAAGUAGUUGACAAAGUCACUGUUAACCUUGAUGAUGGGGUAAACUGUGUAGUCACUGUGAUAGACCAAGAGAAAGUCUUGCCAAUUUCUCAUGAUGUACUGGAAGACUCACAGUAUCCGUAUUAUCCAGGACAGAGAGUGCGAAUUAGGCCAUCAAAUGUUUCUACACCAGCUAGUUGGUUACGUGGUACUUGGAGGCAAAAUCAAGAUGAAGGAACUGUUUGCUGUGUGGAAGCAGGUUUGGUGUAUGUGGAUUGGCUUGCAUCUGCUCCCUUGGGUAGUGAUUUGAGCUUGCCUACUCCACCAUGUUUGCAGGAUCCGAAAAACUUGACUUUGUUGUCUUGUUUUUCAUAUGCAAAUUGGCAGCUUGGUGACUGGUGCAUACUUCCAAGAGCUGACAGUGAGGGUGAAAAGGAGCACUCUACUGGUCAGCUGAUUAAAGAGCAUAAGAACUUAGCAAGUGUAUUUAAGGCAAGGAACUCAAAUUUAGAUGAGGUCUUUGUGAUUGUGAAGACAAAGACUAAAGUCGAUGUUGUGUGGCAGGAUGGCAGCUACUCUUUUGGACUUGAUUCGCAAAAUUUACUCCUUAUGACUGUUGUAAACGAUUGUGAAUUCUUGCCUGAACAAUUUGUGUUGGAAAAGGGAACUUGUGAGGAUCCACACAUGUCUAGCAGCCACAGAUGGGGUGUUGUGCAGUCUGUGGAUGCAAAGGAACGAACUGUAAGGGUGCAGUGGAAAAAAUUUUCUGUGAGUGAAGCAAGUAAUUUGGAUGGAGGCAUGAUGGAGGAAACUUUGAGUGCUUAUGAAUUGGUUGAGCACCCUGAGUUUUCGUAUUGUUUUGGUGAUGUUGUGUUUAGGUUAGUCAAGAACCAGUUUGGGGAUUCAGACGAUAAAGAUGAUGUAACCUCAGAAACUUGCAUGGGUGAGGAGGCUGCUUUGAAAUGCAACAUGGAUCAGAACCAAUACCCUGAUAAGUCUUACCUAUCGUGUAUUGGCAAUGUCACAGGCUUCAAAGGUGGUUCUGUUGAGGUGAGAUGGGCUACUGGUUUGCAAACCAAGGUUACACCUGAUGAGAUAUUUCGGAUGGAUAAAUAUGAAGGUCCAACUGCAAUUCCUGUGCUCUAUGAAGAAAAUGUUGAGGAAUCGAAUCAAGAGAUGAUUGAACAUGACAAAGAGUCUUAUAACCAUACAGGAAAGGAUUUAUUUGAUUCUGAUGGUGCUGGUGAAAAUUGCAAAAAGCAUUCAUGGGAGUUUGGUUUCUUUUUCCUUCCUCAUGCUGCCAUUCAAUUUUUCGUUAGCAUUGUGACAAACCUGUUUGGAUCUGUUGGCUCAACUUCAAUUUCAUGCCCAGUUGUAUCCGGCUUGAUUUCUGAAGAUGGAAAUGAAUCUAGGAUUCUCCAUGAGAACGAAGUGAUGGACAGUUGUGAGCUGUUGCAGACAUUUAGAAAGAAAAGUUUAGAUCAUGAAGUUAAAGAAACUCAGGGUGAUGAAGCCAUUCCAUUUUCAACAGCCAGUGAGAACUCUGAUCAGUUUAGAUGGUUUGAUAUGGUUGGUGAUUGCUCAGACCAUCACUUUCUUGGUGCUGAUAAAGGGUUGGCAUUGUCUCAGGUAAAAAGAGUUUGGUUAAAGAAGGUUCAGCAAGAAUGGAGCAUUCUAGAGAAAGAUCUUCCUGAAACAAUUUAUGUCCGUGUCUUUGAUGAAAGGAUGGAUCUACUGAGAGCAGCCAUUGUUGGCGCACCUGGAACUCCAUAUCAUGAUGGGCUUUUCUUCUUUGACAUUUUCCUUCCCCUGGAUUAUCCUUACCAACCACCUGUGGUGCAUUACAAUUCCGGUGGUCUCCGUGUAAACCCUAACUUGUAUGAAUCUGGAAAGGUUUGUCUUAGUCUUCUCAAUACAUGGAGUGGUACAGGCUCUGAAGUAUGGAAUCCAGGAAGCUCAACCAUUCUUCAGGUUCUUCUCUCGCUCCAGGCCCUCGUGCUUAAUGAUAAGCCUUAUUUCAAUGAGGCGGGGUAUGAAAAGCAGAUUGGAAGAGCUGAGGGAGAGAAAAACUCAGUAAGCUACAACGAAAAUGCAUUCCUUGUCACGUGCAAGUCCAUGCUAUAUCUACUACGAAAUCCCCCCAAGCACUUCGAGGCACUGGUGGAGGAACACUUCAGGCGAUGUUCCCAGUCUAUUAUAAGUGCUUGUAAGGCAUAUAUGGAAGGAGCUCCGGUGGGUUAUGCUAUAGGAUGGGGAAAGACUGAGGGUGAAAAUUUAAAGGGAAGUUCUACCGGGUUCAAAAUCAUGCUUGCUAAGCUCUUGCCAAAGCUUGUGAAGGCAUUUUCUGACAAGGGUAUAGAUUGCAACCAGUUCAUUGAGCCCGAAAAAUGAUUCCUCUCUAAAAUCCAGGUACUGCUGAAUUGCAAUACAAAGACUUCUAUCUUGUUUCUAUAUCUGUAUAAUACCAAAGACAUGCUUGGCCAAAGAUUGGCCAUGCUUAGCAUAUGUUGCUAUUGUGUGAGUUGUGAAAAUAUGUAUUGGUAAGGCUGUGUUGUAUCUCUUAAUAAUUAUGGCUCUCAGACUUUCAAAAUAUGAAAUAAAAAGCCAUGUUUGGAUUGGUGUGUA